AUGUAUCCAACGCCGCCAACAUCCCCAACCCAAAAUGGAUUUUGCGCACCGGAAGAUCGAUUAGGCCAGCUACUUGCAGGACGCCUAUCAUUGACCAGCGUUCUCGGAGUUGGAGCCUAUGGAGUAGUUUACACAGCCGUGGACAUCCAGACCAACAUCCCAUAUGCUGUAAAGGCGCUCAACAAGCUUGGCCUUGAGCCUCGCCAACGCAAGUUCCAACAGAGAGAGAUUCAACUCCAUCACCAGGCUAGCGCUCACCCUAAUGUGGUUUCUUUGGUCAAAAUCAUGGACGCCCCUGAUUGCACAUACGUUGUCAUGGAGUACUGCCCAGAGGGUGAUCUUUUCUCCAACAUCACUGAACAAGGCAAAUACAUUGGUAAUGAAGCUCUUGCCAAGCGAGCCUUUCUCCAGAUCCUGGAUGCCGUGGAGUACUGCCAUUCUAUUGGAAUUUACCACCGGGACUUGAAGCCCGAGAACGUUUUGGUCACUGACCAGGGCAUGACUUGCAAACUUGCUGAUUUCGGACUUGCCACGACCGAUCAUGUCAGCUCGGACUUCGGAUGCGGUUCGACUUUUUACAUGUCACCAGAAUGUCAAACACCAGCACCAAAAGCAUACUCCUGCUACGCUUCAGCACCUAACGAUGUCUGGAGCCUGGGUGUCAUUCUGGUAAACUUGACUUGUGGACGUAACCCCUGGAAGCGAGCUUCAUUCGAGGAUAGCACUUUCCGCGCCUUCAUGAAGGAUCCCAAGUUUCUCAGGUCCAUUCUUCCCAUCUCCCUGGAAUUGGACGCCAUCCUGAGACGAAUUUUCGAGUUCAACCCAGCCAAGAGGAUCACAAUUCCCGAGCUCCGAGAGAUGAUCCUCCAGUGCUCAACUUUCACAGCUACCAAAUCUGCAGUAUGCACACCACUUCCCUCUCCCCCCUCCCACCCAGUGGAUUAUUCCCGGGAUGCUGCUUUCCAGGGAUGCUACCAGCCUCCUCCGGUACCUUUCGUUACUCCCCUCUCUGGUCCAGUGUACUCUCCGCCUGCUUACCAGCUUCCUUAUCCUCGAUACUCCACGUCUUCUGGAAGCUCCAACUCCGACAACGACUCGAUCUUCUCUUCUUGCUCAUCAGCCUCGUCCGUUUCUUCGAACUCGUCGUACCAGAACGUUUCCCCUCAGGGUAUCAAGUUUGCUGCCCGAGUUCCUCAGUCAACAUACGUUUCUCCACCGCCUCCGGCAAAUACGUGGUUCCAACCCUUUAUCCAGGCAGCCAAUCUGGUCAAGCACGUGUCCUUCCAGCCGUCGAUGAUGGCCGGUCCGGUUCGUGUCUAUUAA